AAUAGAGGCUUCUCUCGAAAGAGCCAUACACUCCUGCCCAAGAUCUUCUUCCGCAAGAUGUCAUCCCUAGGGGCCAAGGACAAGCCUGAGCUGCAGUUUCCCUUCCUGCAGGAUGAGGAGACGGUGGGCACACUGCAAGAGUGCAAGACGCUCUUCAUCCUGCGUGGCUUGCCAGGAAGUGGCAAGUCCACUCUGGCACGGGUCAUCAUGGACAGGUACCGUGACAGCACCAAGACAGUGUCUGCCGACACUUACAAGAUCACCCCCGCUCGAGGCGGCUUCUCUGAGGAGUACAAGCAGCUGGACAAGGACCUGGCUGACUGCUGCCGCCGGGACAUCCGAGUCCUUGUGCUGGAUGACACCAACCAUGAGCGGGAGCGGCUGGAGCAGCUCUUUGAACUAGCCGACCAGUACCAGUACCAGGUGCUACUGGUGGAGCCCAAGACGGCGUGGCGGCUGGACUGUGCCCAGCUCAAAGAGAAGAACCAGUGGGGGCUGUCGGUUGAUGAGCUGAAGAAGCUGAAGCCUGGGCUGGAGAAGGAUUUCCUGCCACUCUACUUCGGUUGGUUCCUGACCAAGAAAAGUUCUGAGAGCCUCCGAAAAGCUGGCCAGGCCUUCCUGGAUGAGCUGGGGAAUCACAAGGCCUUCAAGAAGGAGCUGCGACACUUUGUCUCUGGGGAUGAGCACAGGGAGAAGGUUGACCUGGUCACCUACUUUGGGAAGAGACCCCCAGGCGUGCUGCACUGCACAACCAAGUUCUGUGACUAUGGGAAGGCUGCCGGGGCAGAUGAGUAUGCCCAGCAGGAUGUGGUGAAGAAAUCUUACUCCAAGGCCUUCACACUGACCAUCUCUGCCCUCUUUGUGACGCCCAAGACAACGGGAGCCCAGGUGGAGCUGAGCGAGCAGGAGCUGCUGCUGUGGCCAAAUGAUGUGGACAAGCUGUCUCCCUCUGACAGCCUGCCCCGGGGGAGCCGCGCUCACAUCACCCUAGGCUGCGCAGAUGACGUGGAGGCUGUGCAGACUGGCAUUGACCUCCUGGAGAUUGUGCGGCAGGAGAAGGGGGGCAGCCGAGGAGAGGAGGUGGGUGAGCUAACCCGGGGCAAGCUCUUUUCCUUGGGCAAUGGGCGCUGGAUGCUGAAUCUGACCAAGAACCUGAAGGUUAAGGCCAUCUUCACGGGCUACUAUGGGAAGGGCAAACCUGUGCCCACACAUGGCAGUCGCAAGGGGGGUGUUUUUCAGUCCUGCACCAUCAACUGAGUGUUCUUACCACCCCUUGUGUGCUCCUCUUUAGAAGGGAAGGGGGUAUAGAAGGAAGCAUGUCCUCUGCUUGAUCUUUAAGAUUUUUUUAUUCAGUUAACCUUGUAACUUUUAAAAAACUUGUAAAGUAACUGCCCCUCUUUUUCUGUCUACCCUCUUCCUAACACUCAAGCUCUCAACAUAAAGGGGUGGGGGCAGGUACCAUUCAGGAAUCUGGACCAGAGCUGAUAAGGCUGGGCAGAGCUGGGCCUGGAGCCACAGCCACAACCGUGAGCCCUGUUUUCAGUUACUGAUGCCCCCAGCCCAGGUCCACAGCCCUGCCCAGAGCUCACUAGUGGGAGAGAGAUGUCAGGGCUCCAUGUCCCUAUAGCCCUGAAGCACUGGUAGGUGUGAGAGGGGAGGAUCCCUGGGCUUUGAUCCUAUUUCUUAAUCAGUGUAGCCUCAGGAAGACUGAGGCUAUUUACCAGGGUAGAAAAGGGUUUACCUCGCACCUUGGGGUCCUAAGUGCCUGUCCCUUCCUUCUUCACACUUUAACUAGGUAACAGUUUGAUAACUAGGGAAGAAAGCAGAACAGUAAGCAGCAGCCACACCCCAGGGCCUCACCCCAGAAGGGGAUGGGGUGGCCAUCCUUUCUGGUGGUGUGGCUCUGCUGUAUGGAUAGGAGACCUAAGCCAGAGACAGUGCUUGGUGGGGAAGCUCCAGUCUUGCAGUCUGCCCAGCCCACCUUGCCCUCCUUGGUGCCUCUGGAGGCCUCUUGUGCCUCCUCUAAAGGGGGCUGGUGGGUACUAAGAGCCAAUGGAGUGGACUCCUGGCUGUUAAGGGCUAAGCCCCACCUGGUGCCUUUGAGAGGGGUUUUUAACACUGCUACAUGGGCUGUGGUUUCUGGGGUGCCCUCCACUACCCUCUGCUCAGUAACAGGGCCUUGCUAAUUAGGUUGUCACCUGACAAAAGUGCUUGGGAUUUGAGUUACCAUCCUGGCUUUGCCCAACCUCAGCAACUUGUAAUACUGAUAAUGAAAUAAAUCAUGUUAAUCCUA